UAUUGUCUCUCAACAAUCUCUCCAUACAACAAAAACAAAAAGCCUAAACCGGGAAAAUGGAAGCUCUAAACCCUAUCUUAACCGGCUACGCCGUGGCCGCCCUAUCAGUCUACGCUCUUUGGUUCUACUUCUUGUCCCGGAGACUAACCGGUCCCAAAGUCUUACCGUUCGUAGGAAGCUUACCCUAUCUAAUCGCAAACCGGAGCCGAAUUCACGAUUGGAUCGCUGAUAAUCUCCGAGCAACUGGUGGUACGUAUCAAACAUGCACCAUGGUGAUACCUUUCGUAGCCAAGACGCAAGGGUUUUACACCGUGACGUGUCACCCAAAAAACGUCGAGCAUAUCCUUAAGACACGGUUCGACAACUAUCCGAAAGGUCCUAUGUGGCGAGCUGCUUUCCACGACCUGUUAGGACAAGGAAUCUUCAACAGCGACGGUGACACGUGGCUUAUGCAACGUAAGACUGCAGCGCUUGAGUUCACUACUAGAACUCUUCGACAAGCCAUGGCUCGGUGGGUUAAUGGGACUAUCAAGAACCGGUUAUGGCUUAUAUUAGACCUGGCGGUUAAAAACAACAAACCGGUUGAUCUUCAAGAUUUGUUUUUGAGGUUAACUUUUGACAACAUUUGUGGUCUGACUUUUGGUAAAGACCCGGAGACGCUCUCUCUGGAUCUACCAGAUAAUCCUUUCUCUGUCGCUUUUGACACCGCGACAGAGGCUACCUUAAAGAGACUUCUAUACACCGGUUUCUUGUGGAGGAUUCAGAAAGCGAUGGGGAUUGGAUCGGAGGAUAAGCUCAAGAAGAGUCUUGAAGUCGUUGAGACUUACAUGAAUGAUGCAAUCGACGCUCGGAAAAACUCUCCCUCCGAUGAUCUUUUGUCGCGUUUCUUGAAGAAACGUGACGUUAACGGUAACGUUCUUCCGACAGAUGUUCUUCAGCGUAUCGCGCUUAACUUUGUUCUCGCGGGUCGUGACACUUCUUCUGUGGCCUUGAGUUGGUUCUUCUGGCUCGUCAUGAAUAACCGGGAGGUGGAAACAAAGAUCGUUAACGAGUUAUCGACGGUUCUGAAGGAGACACGUGGCGAUGAUCAGGAGAAAUGGACGGAGGAGCCGUUAGAGUUCGACGAGGCAGAUAGGCUCGUUUACCUCAAGGCUGCUUUGGCUGAAACGCUGCGUUUAUACCCUUCUGUGCCUCAGGAUUUCAAGUACGUCGUAGACGAUGACGUUUUGCCUGACGGGACUUUCGUGCCAAGAGGCUCGACGGUGACCUAUUCGAUUUACUCGAUCGGACGUAUGAAAACGAUUUGGGGAGAAGAUUGUCUCGAGUUCCGUCCGGAGCGGUGGCUCACAGCCGACGGUGAACGGUUCGAGACUCCAAAAGAUGGUUACAAGUUCGUAGCAUUCAACGCCGGACCAAGGACUUGCUUGGGAAAGGACUUGGCUUACAAUCAGAUGAAGUCGGUGGCUUCAGCCGUUCUCCUCCGUUACCGGGUGUUUCCGGUUCCUGGUCACCGCGUUGAACAAAAGAUGUCGCUGACGCUUUUCAUGAAGAACGGUUUACGUGUUUACUUGCAACCUCGUGGUGAGGUGGUUGCAUGAUUAAUUAUAUUAAGGGUAUUAUGGUAAAUAUGUUUGUCAUUUCAAGUUUAAAUUGUUUUAAGAAGAACCUACUUUAUUAUAUGUUUUCUCCACCUACAAAAUACUUAUUAUGAUAUAUGCACUUUUUGUGCCUUUGUUUGUUUGAGUUUGUUCAACUCUUUUUGAAUAAAAGUUUAUUGGUUUA